CAAUUUUGUGACGAUAAUAGCACGGCACAAGUGGGGGAAUCACCAUGGAACAACAGUGUUCCUUUUAUUAUUAUCAUUUUUAUCUCUGCGUGGCCUCAUUGUGCGCAUUCGGAUGGAGAUAAAGUUGGUAACACUCGUGAGGUUAUAAAAUUUGGUUUUGGCACUACGG